AUCUUUUCAAUUGACUUUUAUAUUACACCUAGGCGGGUCAUUACGAUUCCUUCGAAAUCGGAAUAUGGUGUAACGCCUUAUUGGCAAUAGAGUCUACAAUGUAUUCCCCCUAAUACUACUGACAUAGAGUCAAAUUAGUACAGAUUGGAAGGUAAUAAGGUAACAAUGAAGUUGUUAACAAAUGUCUUUUUACUGUUUGGGAGUGCAUUCUUUCUUAAAGUAGAGUGUUCUACCGAACUCCUGGUCCAUAUGCUCACUGGGUUUAAACUUGCUAAUGUGGACUAUGGCUUCAACAUCGGUGUAAACACAGGCCGUAUGGGCAAUGCUCGUCAAGCGUUUCCCGACUUACUUGAUGCCAGUGGUAAAAUGAGUGACGUUGAGUUGGAGACAGCUCUGGGUCAGCGUUUGCAGAAGAAUGCUUUUGGCUUGAUGCUCCAUUUGAAUGAUAUAUUAAAAGAUCGUUUUGACUUCCUGACUUUACGUGCACUUCUUAAGACAAUAGGCGGUGUUGUGACUAUUGUCGUUCCUCCUCCUGAUAAGAUCGAACCAGGUUCUCCAUCUGGAUGCACAGAGUGUCCCACCUUGGAAAAUGUUUCCGGGACUAAAAAGCCCGUUUGCAAACACGACCCUUCGCGUUUUCAUCAAUCAACAAUGGAUGCAUUUAAUGCUUUUUUGCAGGGUUAUUCUUCAAAAGCAGUUGUCUCUAUUGUUGAGGAGAGUGAUAGCGCUUCUUCUGUUAUGAAACACUAUGCUUCAAGUGACCCUGAUGGUUCCACUGUGAAUCGUUAUAGACUUGUUUCAGUAGGUCCCAAGAAGAUUUCUUCAUUUAGAUCAUUGAAUGUCCAUGGCAUUUUGAAGGAUCACAAUGACGUUGCCACGUCAAAAGAUACUGGAGGCAAAGGAGAGCAACGUGACAGCACUAAGAAUCCCAAUACGGUGCCAAAACCUAAGAUUGUAAUUGCUUCACAUGUAGAUACGUUUUCUCUUUUACAGGGAUAUCGUUCUACUGCAACUAAUAAUACGGGGUUGAUCGCAUUGUUAGAAUUAUCCCGCUUACUUCAUGGCUUAGAUCACAUGGAUUACGAACUUAUUUUUCUGUUGACAACAGGCUCCGUGAUGAAUUUUUACGGUGCUGCUACAUUUGCUAAUAACUACGCUCACAUUGACAAUGUUGAGUUGGUUAUAUGUCUUGAUGAUCUCACUGGUCCGAACUUAUAUCUACACAGUUCUAGCAAGGCGAGUGAAAUAUCUUCAGUUUUCCAGCGUAAUUUAUCUCGUACCGUGAAGGAAACACUGAAUAAUGCUGUUAAACCGGAUGCGCAGGUUUUGUUUUUCGAGCAUGAACAAUUUACUCGUCAAAAGGUCCAUGCCAUAACAUUAACUACAGUGAGGGAAUCGGUUGCAUACCCAUUGCGUCAAAAUUUGUUUGAAUACAAGUGCAAUUCUAAAGCUUUAUCGGGUCAUAUUGCAAAUAUCUUCCGUGCAUUGGCUAAGACUUUACGCAUAGGUAAGGUUAAGGUUGACAGCGUUGAUAUUGCUAAUCAUGUGAUUGACUGGGAAUCGAAGCUUACUAGUCCACGUUGUACACUUAAUGGUGACAUCUAUCAAGAUGAAAGUGUUCGUGCGAUAAUUCGUUUUUUGACUCCCUUAAUUAAGGAUCUGAAGACUCAGAAGGUCAAUCGUUCUAUACCUGGAUUUGAGUUUUCGUAUAAUACUCCAAUGCGGAUUUUGUUUUACAAGAACUAUACAAUGUUGUACCACAUAUUAGUGGUAGUAUGUUCUGUUGUUUACAUUUUUGUCAUGUGGUCAUUGAUUCGCGGAUCACCGUUGACAGCAUGGACAGACAUAAUUGCUACACUAAACAAGGUGCCUUCUGUUCCCGGUGAAGAAAAUUCUGAGAACAGGCGUAGCACCCGUUUAUCCUCCAAACGCAAGUAGGCAAACAAUGUAUAAUGUUUGUCAUACUUUGUUGGCGUAUAGCACAUGUGUAACUCGCUGGUAU